AUGGCAACAAAUAGUGAGAAUAUGAACCCUGGUGACAAUGAAAAUACUCAACAAGCUGCAACCGGUGAAGGACCACCAAAAACAGCAAAACAAUUGGCAAAAGAAGCAGAAAAGGCUGAGAAAUUAAAAAAAUUCGAAGAAAAACAAAAAGCAAAAGCCAAGGCAGAAGAAGAGAAAAAAGCCAAAGAACAAGCUGCUGGUGGUGCUAGUGCAAAAGAAAAAACUGUAGUUCGUGAUAUUACUGAAUAUACAUCUCCGACAGCUGCUGGCGAAAAGAAAGAUAUCCAUUGUGAACUACCUAAAGCUUAUAGUCCAAAAUAUGUCGAAGCAGCAUGGUAUAACUGGUGGGAAAAACAAGGUUUCUUUCGUCCAGAAUAUUAUGAUGAACAUCCUCCAGCAAAUGCUUCAACACCACGAAAAUCAUUUACUAUGGUUAUUCCACCACCAAAUGUUACUGGUUAUCUACAUUUAGGUCAUGCUAUUAUGUGUACAUUAGAAGAUACAAUUUCUAGAUGGCAUCGUAUGUGUGGUGAAACAGUUCUUUGGGUUCCAGGUUGUGAUCAUGCUGGUAUAGCAACACAAGUUGUCGUAGAGAAAAAAAUAAUGCGAGAAAAGAAAUUGUCAAGACAUGAUUUAGGACGUGAAAAAUUUUUGGAAGAAGUUUGGAAAUGGAAAAAUGAAAAAGGUGAUCAUAUCUAUGAACAAAUUAAAGCCUUAGGUUCAUCAUGUGAUUGGUCACGUAAAGUAUUUACUAUGGAUAAAGAUAUGUCAUAUGCUGUCGAAGAAGCAUUCAUUCGUAUGCAUGAAAAGAAAUUAAUUUAUCGUUCAACACGUUUAGUCAAUUGGUCAUGUACACUUAAAUCUGCAAUAUCUGAUAUUGAAGUCGAAAAAACUGAAUUAAAAGGUAAAACAUUAAUUCGUGUACCAGGUUAUGAACAACCAGUUGAAUUCGGUGUUUUAACGUUUUUUGCUUAUCCAGUUGAAAAUUCAAAAGAAGAAAUUAUUGUUGCAACAACACGUCUUGAAACUAUGCUUGGUGAUACCGCUGUUGUUGUUCAUCCGGAUGAUGAACGUUAUAAACAUUUACAUGGUAAAUUUGUUCAACAUCCAUUUCUUCCACGUCGUAUACCAAUUUUAUCUGAUACAAUGGUUGAUCCAGCAUUUGGUUCAGGUGCAGUUAAAAUAACACCAGCACAUGAUCAAAAUGAUUUUGAUUGUGGACGUCGUCUUAAUUUACCAUUUAUAACAUGUAUUAAUGGUGAUGGUUUAAUGUCAUCAGAAUGUGGUCCAUAUGCUGGUAAACCACGUUUUGAUGUUCGACGUCAAUUGUUAAAUGAUUUAAAAGAACGUGGUCUUUAUCGUGAUUCAAAAGAAAAUGAAAUGGUUCUACCAAUAUGUAGUCGAAGUAAAGAUAUUAUUGAACCAUUACUUAAACCACAAUGGUAUGUUAAUUGUCAAUCAAUGGCACAACGUUCAAUCGAUGCUGUACGAUCGAAAGAAUUAAAAAUUUUACCAACUCUUUUUGAACCUGUUUGGUAUCGAUGGUUAGAAGAUAUACGUGAUUGGUGUAUAUCACGACAAUUAUGGUGGGGCCAUCGAAUACCAUCCUAUUUUAUUAGUUCAGAUGAUAUACCUGCAGGCAACGAUACAGAUGAUAAAUAUUGGGUUAGUGCUCAUUCACGUGAAGAAGCACUUGAUAAAGCAGCACAAAGAUUUAAUAUUUCAAAAGAAAAAAUUCGAUUAGAACAAGAUGAAGAUGUUCUUGAUACAUGGUUUUCAUCUGGUCUUUUUCCAUUUUCAUCGUUUGGUUGGCCAAUGGAAACUGAUGAUCUUAAACGAUUUUUUCCUACAACAUUACUUGAAACUGGUCAUGAUAUAAUUUUCUUUUGGGUUGCACGUAUGGUUAUGAUGUCAUUAGAAUUAACUGAUCGUUUACCAUUUACUGAAAUUUAUUUACAUGCUAUCAUUCGUGAUGCACAUGGACGUAAAAUGUCAAAAAGUAUAGGUAAUGUUAUUGAUCCACUUGAUGUUAUUACUGGUAUAACACUUGAAAAACUUCAUGAACAAUUAAAAACUGCUAAUCUUGAUCCAAAAGAAUAUGAACGUGCAAAACAAGGUCAACAAGGUGAUUAUCCAAAAGGUAUACCAGAAUGUGGUACUGAUGCAUUACGUUUUGCUUUAUGUUCUUAUGCUAAUCAAGGUCGUGAUAUUAAUUUGGAUGUAUUACGUGUUGAAGGUUAUCGCCGUUUCUGUAAUAAAUUAUGGAAUGCAAUUCGAUUUGCUAUGUCAAAAAAUUUAGAUAUUAAUGCUCCAAAUUGUUUUCAACCACCCGCUGAAUUUAAAUUAACUGGUCAUGAAAAACCAUGUGAUUUAUGGAUAAUAAGUCGAUUAAGUCAUGCUAUUCAACAAUGUGAACAUGGCUUUAAAAAUUAUUUAUUUCCUCAAAUUACAACAGCUAUUUAUAAUUUUUGGCUUUAUGAAUUAUGUGAUGUUUAUAUUGAAUAUGUUAAAAAAGAUUUAUAUGCUAAAGAACCAGAUUUACAAAGACAAGAAACUAUUAAACUUAUGUUAUACACAUGUUUAAACAAUGGGUUAAGAUUAUUAGCUCCUAUAAUGCCUUUUGUUUCCGAAGAACUAUUCCAACGUUUGCCUAAGCCAAAUAAUGGACAAGGUGCACCACCCAGUCUCUGCGUUACACCUUAUCCACAAUCGAGUGAAUUCCAACAAUAUCGUAAUGAAAAUAUUGAAACAAAUGUUACAACUAUUUAUGAAUCAAUUAAUAAAAUUCGUUCAUAUCGAUCAGCAAACAAGAUUGUUUCAAAAGAAAAAGAUAAUCUUUAUAUUCAUGCAUCACCUACAUCGGCAACACUAUUUACUGAAUAUACUGAUCUUAUUCAACCACUUGCUAAUAUCGAUACAAUACAAUUACUUAAAGAUAAACCAACUGGUGACCAAAAUGAAUAUAUCAAUAUAGCAACAACAUCGGAUUAUACCUUUUAUUUUAAAUCUAAGUGA